AUGAGGAAGCUCUUCACCUUGUGGAGAAGGAGCGAGGAGCCCCGCAGCCCCUCCUCGCAGCAGCCGGGCUACAACCUUCGAGAUCAGGAUUUAAAGAAACUUCACAAAGCUGCUGCAGUUGGGGAUUUGGAAAAGGUGAAGGAGUGCCUGCGGCUCAAGAAGCAUGAUGUGAACAUUCGUGACAGAGAAUACAGGACACCUUUACACCUGGCCUGUGCUUAUGGAUAUUCAAAUGUUGUAUCUCUCUUAAUUGAGAAACAAUGCAAAAUAAAUGUCUGGGAUAGUGAAAAGAAAUCUCCACUGGCUAAGGCAGUGCAGUGUAAAAAGGAGAACUGUGCUACUAUUCUUCUCGACCAAGGUGCAGACCCGAAUCUGGUGGAUUUAGGUGGCAAUACUGCUCUUCAUUAUGCUGUCUGUGGUCAAAGUGUCUCAUUAGUCAAGAAACUACUUGAACACAAAGCUAAUCUUGAAGCACAAAAUAAGGAUGGGUACACUCCACUUUUACUUGCCAUUACUGAAAACAAUGCAGAAAUGGUGGAAUUUCUUCUGAAGAGAGGGGCGGAUGUGAAUGCUUCAGAUAAGAAUCAAAGAACAGCCCUUAUGAUUGCUCUAAGUGAUGAACCGACAAGUUUAGUCAGUCUUCUUCUUCAGCAAGAAGUAGACCUGUCUUGCCAAGAUAUUAUGGAUUCACAGCUGAGGAAUAUGCUUCUUUUAAUGGUUUUACUAUGUAAGUGA